GCAACGCGAGCAGUUUAAACGAAAGUAAAUAGCGCUUAAAUGUACGUAAACGAAGUGAAACAGUUAAGAAAACUGGCUGUGAAGUAACAAAUACAAAGUGAUUGGCUUAAAGCAUAGUGAACACUUACAGCUAUAUAUAUAUGUACAUAUACAACUAUAUAUUGUUUGUAGUUGAUUUAUAAUUGCACAAAAGCGAUACCAAACCACAAGAAAUCGAUACUGUAGGAAAAACAAAUACCGUUAAUUAAAACUCAUACACAUUUAAUUUUAAUGCAAAAAAACAUAACUCGUCACCAAUAAUAACAACAAAAAGUAGUUGCAACAACCGCCAACAAAAGCUGCAAGAGGGAACUGGAUUCAAUUUCUCAAGCGCCAUAAUGUAUCACCGUCCGAAAAUACUUCUACUUUGUCUUAUACUAUUGCAUAUCCAGCCAUUCAAAGCUCUACCCACUAUUGAUCAGCCGUUACCUGUUUCCCGAAACUACGUAAUUCAAAAUGAGAAGUCAACACAUUUCAAACCACCCGAGCUGGAGGAGACGAUCGAAGAGGUACAGAGAAUUUUGGCACAAGAUCCGUCGUUGCCGCGUUUGACGAGGGGCGAAAUCGAGGAGCUCUAUGAGAAGGUGACACGUGAGGAGUACCAAAAGAGUAUUGCAGCUGGCGAUAUGGGACGUGCGGAUAGCAUGCGUGCGUUGAUGUUGGUGUUGCCAUAUAAUACGGACAAUAAUACCGAAGAGAAUAUACAGGAGCUUUACACACGUCCGCCUGUAACGAAGGUAGUUGAUGCCUACACAUCACAUCCGCCUAUUAAAUUCCUUACACCCGAUCCCAGCGCACCGGUGAAAACCGAAACUGUACCCAUGGGCAACUUCGAAGCGACCACUUAUAAGCCUGCAUAUUCAUUGAAAACUCUCAAAACCUUUGCGCCCAGUCCGACAACAUACCAUCCACCGCCACCAGCACCGGUUGUGUUUAAGAUGACAUCAUCGGUACGGCAAGUGCCAAGCGGAUUUCAACCUGUAACAAAUAGCAUAUAUGGCGGCGAUUAUGAUACGAAUGUGGAACGUAAUCCCACACCGAAGCCACUACAACGCUACAGCAGUCAUUAUAGUGCUAAAAAUGCUGAGUUUCUUAAGCAACGCAAGCCGAAACCAGAAGCGAUAACAACUGUGCGUCCCGUCGCUGAUGUUUUGGAGAGUUUGGGCAUCGUCAGCCAAACGCAGUCACGCAAUCGUUUCACAAUCGAUGACUACUACCCCGCGGAGAGUGCGCCACAACCGGUAAUCUCAACAUAUGUGCCACAAACUGUAAGCCUUUCCGAACUCAAAGAACUACAAGGCUACAGUCUGUCGCCGAAGAUCAAAGCCGAUGCCUAUUCGAGUUUUAAACCACUGAAUAUCGGCGAAGAGAUACGCGUCAAGCCCGAGGUAGAGGGUUAUCUCACACGCUUCGGCAUAGUUGGUGGACGCAAGCGUAAAGAUUUGAAGAAGGGCAACACAGCGAAAGGGCAUAGUGCUGAAUUGACGGUUGGCGGCAGUGAGAUCUCCACGGCGAAGUUGCCAAGGCGUGGUACGGCUGCCGGUGCGAGUAGUGAGCUGGAAAAGUUGUUGGAAAAUUUACAAGAACUAGAACGUUUGAAUGUGAAUCCAAAGGUUUUGAGUCCCACUACAACUAUACGACCGACAACAAGCAGCACGACAACUACAACAACACCUCCGCCCACCACGUCGCCUAGUUUAAUAACGAACGGCGUACCCAAGUUGAUUGAACCGAAAAAGCCGCGCAGACGCAUCGAUCCCAAUAUCGAUAUCAAUUUCGGUAACAGCGGGAAUCAUCAAACGGACGGCGCGAGCACAGACCAGCUUAGUAAAUUGCUUGAAAAUCUACAAGAAUUGGAAAAACUUCGCGUCAAUCCCGAUAAUGUGCUGAAGACAAUCACGCCGAGUGCCAAUUCCGCGCGCACCGGACCACUGCAGUUUGCAACGCCUACACCACGCACGGUGAAUUUGUUAAAUCGUUUCAACGAACUUACACUAACACAAUCCACACCGGCCACAAGCAGCUCACAGCCAGCAGAUGCUGCACAACUACAACAGGUCUUGCGGCAGCUCCAGACACUCGAACAACUAAAUGCCCGAACCACUACCACCAGCUCCACCACUACGACUAGGAAGCCACAAGUGCAGGCUGCACGUCCGGCAGCCGGCGGUGGCUUGUUAGCCGGUCUGAGUGGUCUCGGUGGAUUUGGUGGUCUCGGCGGCGCACUGGCGCCCAAUGAUGUUUUUAAUCUACAAAAACUGCUUACCGAUGAUCGCGAGCUGGAGCGUUUGUAUGAGCAGGCGCGCGCCAGACAGGGUGGACGUGGCAUCGCUACGACAACGACAACACCAAAGCCCAGAACAACGACGACACAGCGUGCUCUAGUUCUUGGCAACUUAGAUGAUGCGGACCUACAGCGUCUAUUCGAGCAGGCGCGUGCUCAGCCCAGUACGACGCCAGCACCCACUACCAGCACAACAACCACAGCGCGUACUCCGGCGCCAAGCUAUCGCGAAUUCGAGCAGCUGCAAAAGUACUUUGCGGAGCUCGAGCGUACGCGCACUAGCACCACUUCCACCACGCCGUUACCAACCACAACUACAACAAAGUCACCUCCGCCGCCGCCGCCGACGACAACAACAACAACAUCAACGACCGCGGCCCCUACUGUGGCGACCACAACAACCUCGGCACCUCACAUCUCUUCUCACAUGAGUUCGGUAGAUUUAGCGCAACGUAUCACUAACACAGCUAGCGCACAAAAGCCGAAGAAGACGGAUACUGAUAGCGAUCAACUGCAGCAGCUCAUUAAUCGCGUACAACAGUUGGAGCGCUUGAACUCGGCCAAGAAUGAACAGAGCGUGCGUGAAACAACUACGGAUACUCCCAUACCAUUUAUUGGUUUCACCACACGCAAAGUGAAUGCGCCGGGUAGUGCUAGCAAGUCUAACGCGCAAAUUACGCCUUCGAAUGAUUUCGCGCAUCUACAAGAACUCUAUCAGCAAGUGGCGAGUGCUGAGCAAGGUGACUUCGGCCGAAUUGAAAUAUCCACAGCCGCAACUGCGGCAAAGCCUUCGGGCAAGCGCGCACAGAACUUCGCACAAAAAAUCAUAGACAUUACCAACGACACGGGUUCCGGUAGCAGUUUGCAGGAAGUUGAUCCCAGUGACUUUGUGCAAUUACAGAAAUUAUUGAGUAAAGUACAGGAGCUCGAGCGCGUCAAAAUACAUGGCGUACAUGGUAUUGUACAACCAGCAACGCCCGCACCGACUGCCGGUAGUUACACACGCGACUUCACCGAUUUGACGAAUCUCGUAACUUCAGCUUCAGUGCACACCCCCACCGUACACAACUCGAAUGGCGCACAAAUUAUCUAUCCAGAGAAGACGCACGACUACAAACCCUUCGAGGACAUACUUAACAAAGACUAUCAGCAAACAUAUGAAACACGACGCGAUGAGUCGAAAAAUCGACACUCAGCCACUGCGACGAAGUCACAUGUCGGCAAGAAGGCAAGUCCGCCUGUAGAGGAGCCCACAUCCAGCGAGGAACUGCGUGAACUGGCCAUGGCUGCGCCAGCAAAUCCAAAGAGUACCAACUACGACAAAGAUUUCGAGCAUUAUCAGGAGUUUUUCAAGCAGUUGGAAGAUGAGGAACGUAAUUCGUAUAAGAACAUGAAGCCACCGAUGAUCUACAAGACCGUCACCAAAGAACCGCCACGGUUUAUAGCCACACACAAGCCACACGAAGCACAAAAGCCGAAGAGCGGUGACAAUGUGCAGCAGAAGGCUGAUCUUGAGGAGUUGCAGAAGCUCUUGAGCAACGCGCAAGAGCUGGAAAAGUUAGGUGUUACGCUGCCGACAGAAUUAUCCGACCAAAUUGAAACCAAACUCACGAAACAUGCGAACGCUGAGCGUGCUGAGAAACAACUUGAAACAGUCACAGUGGAACCCGUGCAUAUAGUCACCGCCGAGCGACCAAAACAGCACACGGACGUACAUGUAGUAACGGCCCAACAGCCCGUUCAUAAGUAUGCAAGCACUAUAUUCCCCACACUUAAUCAGACGCCGACAAGCGCUGAGAAUGACGUUGAGGAAUCUAGCGAAAAGGAAGCUUUCUUCUCGCUAACCACACCAAAAUCACUAACGCCUAAAGAACCGAAGUCCACCACCUCCAGCACAUUGGAUCUGCCGGUUUUUAGCGCGACCAAAAUCAUUGAAGCCGCCAUAAAACGAGCGGCAAACAAAAUCGGCGUAUCCACAGAGCAAACGCUUGGCUUUCAGAAACGUAGCGAUACCGAUGUGUACGGCGACAUGGAUCCCGGUAGUAUGGAUGAUCUGAUGGGUGAGUUCAGCGAGAUGAACUACCAGCUGGCAUCGCCUGAUGUACCCGGCAACGUGUCGGUGCAAGGUGAGGUUAAGGAAGAGGAGCACACCACGACACCGGCUGCAGACAUCACUGACAUAACCGAAGAUCUACAUGAAUUACAGCGUUUGAUUGGCAAUUUGCAAGAACUGCAGCGUCUAAAUCUCACAGUAUCAUCCGAUUUGCUGCGCAAAGCCGACGCCAAAUAUUUGGAAACGCUGAAGAAGCAACAAACACCCGCCGACGAUACCAGCAAGCAACGACGACAAAGUGUAACGCCAGCCAAUGGAGUCUCGCUUAGUGAAACUGUCGUAAGCACCACAGCAAGCGCCGAACAGAGUGCAGCCAAGGAUGAUACGGAUAUCAUGGCAGAGCCCUCCGAAUCAGUAGCGGCUGCAGAUAGUUCCAGUAGCGCAAACGAAGAGAGCAGUAGCAGUACAACAACAACGACGGAGGAAUCCCGCAACGGCUCACUUGCCGAUCUUGAGGAUUCAUUCGGUGGCGCCGAAACCAAUAAGGAGGAGCCAAAACCGCCGAAACGUAAAAACGGUUUCUAUUUUCUAGCCGAUUGGAAUUCCUUUCUCGAGGUCGGCGAUGGUGAUGAUCAGGUGAUAGUGCGCUUGAGCCCGAAAAUCGGCGAUCCACGUCUAUUCAUACCAGUCAAGAUACCAUAGUAACCGAGAGGGAGAACAACCUAGAUUAUUAGUGCUGUAGAGACUAAGUGCAAAAGCGUAAAUGGAAAAAACGAUAACUUUUGUAAAUAUUUAUUAUAAUUAAGUUUUUACACGUAAGACACUCUCAACGAAUUAGAUAACUUUAGCGAAUUCCUCGGAGAAAGUAUUUUAAAAAAGCACAUCUUUCUUUAUUUAUGGACGUAAACUUUUCUGGCCGAGUCGGCAAUAGCACGUCAGUUGAUUGCUUCAAUAUCGUCGUCCACUUGCAGCCGCACCACUGGUCGUACAGACGCUGCAGUGAGACUUCAACGAACACUCAAACCGAAUAUAUAAAAGGAGAUACACCAAAGCACGACACAAGGCAGCUCACCUGUUUUGUAUCGAAUCUUGCUCAUGUUUUCGGAAGGAAGAGUAGGAAAAGAGUGAGCAUAGAACUGGGCCUUUAACUGCAUAUCCAGAAGUGAGACUACACCACACCAUACAUAGUUUGGUAUGGAUAUCAUUGUAGAACUUAUGAUGAUGGAAUAAUAUCAUCCGGAACUAAGACCGAAAAAGCUCUUCGGAUGCGUUAAAACGGUCUUCUGGUACUAAGAAUAAAAAUAGGAGCGACUGAGAGUCUGCUAACUGCUCGUUAGCUAUAACUUUUGAAAGCGAAGGUAAUAAACGAGCUUCGUAGAUGAGCGAAACACUGAGCUGGAGUAUCAGCAGGUUUUGAGUAAUAAUAAUAUCUUCGAAGAGAAUUUGCGGUGCUUCCUUUAAUAUUGUAAACCUACCCUAAUUAAAUUAUACAUUUUGCAAACUAUAAACUCGGCAUAUUUUUUUAUAAUUUACUGAAAAAAGAAAAUAACUAUCAACAUACAUGCAAUAUUAAUGCUUUUUUACACUUAAGUUAAUUCUA